GGAGCGUGUGCCGGAGCCGCGGCCCCGGGAGACGACGACGGCGGCGGGGAGAUGGGCGACAAGAAGGUGGCUCUCAUCACCGGCAUCACCGGGCAGGAUGGAUCGUACUUGGCUGAGUUCCUGCUGGAAAAAGGCUAUGAGGUGCAUGGAAUUGUUCGUCGAUCUAGUUCUUUUAAUACAGGCCGGAUUGAGCAUCUCUAUAAGAACUCACAGGCUCACAUUGAAGGAAACAUGAAGCUGCACUAUGGUGACCUCACGGACAGCACCUGUCUGGUGAAGAUCAUUAAUGAAGUCAAACCCAAUGAGAUAUACAACCUGGGAGCUCAGAGCCACGUCAAGAUUUCUUUUGACCUAGCAGAGUAUACUGCUGAUGUUGAUGGAGUUGGCACUUUACGGCUCCUAGAUGCUAUUAAGACCUGUGGCCUUAUCAAUUCUGUGAAGUUCUACCAAGCCUCCACCAGUGAACUUUUUGGAAAAGUGCAAGAAAUCCCGCAGAAGGAGACCACCCCUUUUUACCCAAGAUCUCCUUAUGGUGCAGCAAAACUGUAUGCCUAUUGGAUUGUGGUGAACUUCAGAGAGGCCUACAAUCUCUUUGCUGUGAAUGGCAUUCUCUUCAAUCAUGAAAGUCCCAGGAGAGGAGCUAAUUUUGUUACUCGAAAAAUUAGCCGAUCAGUGGCAAAGAUUCACCUCGGACAGAUGGAUUCUUUCAGCCUGGGCAAUCUGGAUGCUAAGAGAGACUGGGGCCAUGCCAGGGACUACGUUGAGGCCAUGUGGCUGAUGCUGCAAACGGAUGAGCCAGAGGACUUUGUUAUUGCCACUGGGGAGGUCCAUAGUGUCCGUGAAUUUGUGGAGAAGUCAUUUAAGCACAUUGGAAAAACCAUUGUGUGGGAAGGAAAGAAUGAAAAUGAAGUUGGGCGAUGCAAAGAGACUGGCAAGAUUCAUGUGACAGUCAAUCACAAGUACUACAGACCAACUGAAGUGGAUUUCCUUCAAGGGGACUGUACCAAAGCCAGGCAAAAGCUGAACUGGAAGCCCAGAGUCACAUUUGAUGAGCUGGUGAGGGAGAUGGUGGAUGCCGACGUGGAGCUCAUGAGGAGCAACCCCAACGCCUGAGCCCUCCGGGACCCAGCCAUGGCACAGCUACACGGGGGCCGUGCUGGGGGCCACCCCCAGCCCCGGUGGCUCUAUGCUAGCAGCCUGUGUGUGCAAGGCCGGUUUUGUCCUUCCUCCAUUCCCCCAGUGCCUCAGGCCCCACACAUCGGGGGCAGCCCCGCUCCUCCACCCAGGCCACCUCUGGUGCCUGCCACACUACUUUACCUAGAGGAGCCAUUGGCCAGAGAGCCCACCGACUUACUUUUUAAUUAAAACUUGUCUUUCUAUUA